CUGCUGCGGGUGGGAGGUUUGCAACGCCUGUGUGUUAUGGGGUCUCCCUGUCCCCGCCCCAUCCCUCCUCCCUGGUGGAAGCUGCUCCGGCCCUUUGUGGAUGCCACCUCGGAGGAAUGUGGCCCGCCGAACAGAGGAAGCUGCCUUAUACCGGGAUCUGAAAUGUCUUACAAAAAAGUUCUCAUGACUAGAGCUGAUUGUAUAGAAAACCUGCUCUCUGAAAAAAAUUACGAAGAUAUUGGAAGUCAUCUUGCGUAUCUUGAAACUGUUGAUAUGACUGUAGACUGUCUCCAGGAAACGGAUAUUGCCAGAGCUGUCUUCAGAAUCCUCAAGAACUGUCCCUCUGUGGUACUGAAAAAUAAGGCAAAACAUUUACUAUCGAAGUGGAAAACACUGUAUAAGCAUCAUUACAAUCAAUGCAUACAAAUUAAGCCAGUAUUACCUGAUAAUGCAAAAGUAGAUUCUGAUCCCCUUAACGUAGUCCUGGCAGAUGCAAACACUUCUGGAAAACUGAAUCAGCAUGAGAUAUUAGGCCCUGCCAGUUCCAAGAGUUGCCUGCUAUCAGAAAACCAUCCACAAGAUACUGGAAGUAAUGUGCAAAAAGACAAUGCAAUUCAGCCUGCACUUCAAGAGCACGUGAGUUCUGUUAGUGAAACAAGCCCAUUUCAGGUUCAUACUACAGCUAUGAGAUGCAAAUGUAUAGAGCUUCUUUAUGAAGCUUUGGUUGACUCAACAAGUAAUGCAAGUGAAAAGCACCGCAAGAUUGCUGAAGAAGUUGAACAACAUAUCUUUGUACUUUAUGCUAAAAACGACAGAAAAUACAAAAACUGCGUCCGAAGCAAAGUUUCUAACUUGAAGAAUCCAAAAAAUGCUCACUUAAAACAUAACCUGCUUCUAGGGACUUUGAAUCCUAAGACAUUUGCUGAGAUGUCCACAAUGGAAAUGGCACAUGAUGAACUAAAGAAGCUCAGAGCUUCGUAUACAGAAUCAUCUGUUCUGGAGCAUCAGCUCCCCCAAAGCAUCAGUGGGACACAUACAGACAAAAUAAAAUGUAGACGCUGUGAAAAAUUUGAUUGCACUGUUACUGCAAUUGCCAGGGGAGCUCUUUUCCUUCCUGGUUGGGUACGAAAUGCAAAUCCAGAUGAACAAAUGAUGACUUAUGUAAUUUGUAAUGAAUGUGGAGAGCAGUGGUACCACAGCAGAUGGAUUUGUUUGUGAUUAUGCAUCCUUUAAUCCCUACGUCUUCAGAGGAGAUAUGAAUAUGAAAUUACCAAAGUACAGCUAUCUGAAUAAGGAAUAUUUAAAGUGCUGUAAUGCAAUAAAAAGUGGAUGAGCAUUAUGAAGUAAAAUGAUUAUAAAGCUAUUUGAGAGAUCAAAGUUUAAGUUGCUUUAAACUAUUUUUAAUAUUGUGUAAUAUUGUGUUUUAAUAUUAAUGUUGUGUUUUAAUUGUUGUAAAAAAUAAAUUGUUGUAAAAAGUAAACUGGAACCUUAGGGUGAAGGGCAGGUAAAUAAAUUGUAAUAGUAAAUAUUAUUAAUAAAUCAGAAUAUGACUCAGUACUCCCCACUUCUUAA